AUGGACGCGGGCGAGGCCGGCGAGAGCGCGAUGGCGGCCGCCGCCGCCACUGGACAAGCGGAGGAGGUCGACGCGCCUCCUGCGUGCGGCGUGAAGAGGGACCGCCCUUCAGCGGUCCGCCCCUCUGAUGCGGACAGCCCGGGAAGGUCCUCCCCGCUGAUGCGCGCCUCCGAGGAGGGCGACGCGCGCACGGCCACCAAGCUCCUUGAGAGCGGCGCGGUGGCCGAUGCCAAGGAUGCCGAUGGCUACACUGCGCUGACACGUGCCGCCGAGAAGGGCGACUUGGCGGAGGUGGAGGCGCUGCUGGACAGCGGGGUGGACCACCGAGCCGCUCUCAAGGCACUGCUGCGCGCCGUGAAGCACGGCUCCACGCCAGUGGCGCAAGCCAAGGAGCCCGAGGCGCGGGUCAGGGAGCCCGAGGCGGGCGGCGAGGAGAUGGAGGUGGACGAGAUCGAGCCGACUGGGGCGGAGACGGCCGCUGCGGUGGCGGCGAGCGGGGGGAUUGGCAGCUCGGCCGCGGCGCCCGACUCCGGCACGGGCGCCGCCUCGAGCACGGGUGCGGGGACGUCAGCCGACGGGGCGGCGCCCCUGGCGGGUCCGCCGCCGCUGCGGCGGCCGCCAUGGGUACGGGAGAGAGUGAACGGGUUCUCCUGUUUCUUCUCGUUCAGCGCGCCGGACGAUGUUGAGGACGGCAUGUUCGACGACUACUACGAGCCCGUGGACUCCGGCAGAGGCCGCCCUCCGCUCGUGCACGCCUUGACCGAGUCCAUCGGCCCCUGCGCUCACUACGACGAGGACGAUCUGAUGUGCGAGUUGUACACCGUCGACAGCGUGGUGUGGGUGACGUCGAUCGUGCUGUCGGAGAGCCCCGAGGGCGCCACCCACAUCGCGACCGUCGCGAAGCAGCCGAGCUUCCUCGCGAGCGUGGCGGAGAAGCUCGAGGUGGACUCUGCUGGGCUCCACUUUGUCGAGCAGCCCUCCACGGCGGGCCCGGACGGCAGCGAGUUUUCCCCGACCGGCCGGGUGACGCAGCUCCGGCCGGUCGGCGCGGGGAAGGGCGCGCCCUACCAGGUGCUGCUCGACGACGGCCGGUACGUGUACCCGCGGGAGGACGACGAAGAGUACAUCAAGAAUGCUGCCGGGCCGCCGGGCCGCCGACCGGGUGCGGAGCGGCUCGAUCGGCUCGUCGUGGGGAGGGCGAGCGCGCGAUUGGGCGUCGCCGCCAUCGACAAGUGGCGCGAGCUGCUGAUGCGCGCGGGCGUGUGCGAGGACGAGCCCGCCGCGGGCGACACCAGGCUGGUGACUGUCGGUGAGUACUCGCACCACGCCAUCCUCUACUCGCGCUUGCACGGCGCGCACGAGGCGCUGGUGGACUUUCUGAUCGAGAUCACCGACCCCGGGAUGGAUACUGCGGAGGUGUGGCAGCGCGGGCACGUGGAGCGGUACGACGAGUGGCCCCUCGACCGGCGCGACGUGGCGGUGGAGUGGCUGGAGUGGCUGCUCCGGCCGGACGAGCGGCGGGCUGGCUUCCCCGCUCUGUGCGGGUUUAUCGCGCACGAGAAUGGCCUGUCGCGCGAGGAGCACAUUGCCCGCGACGACGCCGGUCGCUACAGCCUGGUGAGGGCGGCGGACGACGCGCUGAGCGGGUAUGUGCACGAGCUCGUGUCAGACGGUAAGAUGGAGAGUUUGCCGGGCAUGGACUCCCCCGGCUGCGCCAUCUGCCCGCGCGCGGUGCGGAGCUGCGCAAGUCUCGGCGUCGCACUCCUCGACGACCUCAAGCUGCGCGCGCGCUCUGCAGUGCGCGCCGCGUCAGCGCCCGACGCCCGCGCCGGCCUCGCGGGCCAUGGCGGCGGGGGAGGCCUCGAGUCGGCGCGGAAACGAAUCUGCGAGGAGGCGUGGCCGCUCAUGCGGCCCGAUGGGGAGGAGGGGAAGACGUAG